UGGAAAAAAUACUGUACAAUUAGCUAGCUAGCCAACAGAUUGAUAAAUGGUCGUGUAAAUAAUACAAGUAAGCUAGCAACAGUUGUUAACGAACAAGAUGGAUACGUAGGAUAUUGGUCUCAUUUUUGCUUCAGAAUGUUUUGCCUUGUUGCCUGCAACCAAAUUUAUUUUUCCUGAAGAAUCAGUGUUUUCACUAUAGCUAUCUAGCUAUUUAGCUAGUUAGCUGGAGAUCUCAGGUGGUGUAGGAUUCUGCCUCGCUACCUGGACUGCCUGUAACUGCUAGCCGGUUAGCUAGCUUUGUAGUGAAAGAUGAACGGCCUGCCCAUCAGUGAGCUGUGCUGCCUGUUCUGUUGUCCCCCGUGCCCCAGCCGGAUCGCUGCCAAGUUGGCAUUCCUGCCUCCUGAGCCCACGUACGCCCUUCUCCCAGACCUGGAGGCAGGGCCCGCAGCCACCGGAGGAGCGGGCGCACCGGGCCUCCGCUCCCGGGGUGGCGGGGGGGCCGGAGGGGGCGGUGGCGGUAGCGGGAGCGUGAGCGGAGAGGGCCGCUGGAAGCUCCACCUGACGGAGCGCGCCGAGUUCCAGUACUCCCAGAGAGAACUGGACGGCUCUGAGGUCUUCCUUACCCGCUCCAGCCGUGGAAACAGAGUAGCCUGCAUGUACAUCCGCUGUGCCCCCGCUGCCAGGUACACCGUCUUGUUCUCUCACGGUAAUGCCGUGGAUCUGGGCCAGAUGAGCAGUUUCUACAUUGGCCUGGGCACUCGCAUCAACUGCAAUAUCUUCUCGUACGAUUACUCGGGUUACGGCGUCAGCACCGGGAAGCCCUCUGAGAAGAACCUGUACGCUGACAUCGAUGCCGCGUGGCAGGCUCUGCGCACACGGUAUGGCAUCAGCCCGGAGAACAUCAUUUUGUAUGGGCAGAGCAUUGGCACCGUGCCCACAGUUGACCUGGCGUCACGAUAUGAGUGCGCAGCCGUGGUCUUACACUCCCCCUUGACCUCCGGGAUGAGGGUGGCCUUCCCUGACACUAAAAAGACCUACUGCUUCGACGCCUUCCCUAACAUUGAGAAGGUGUCUAAGAUCACGUCACCUGUGUUGAUCAUCCACGGGACGGAGGACGAAGUGAUCGACUUCUCUCAUGGACUGGCCCUCUUCGAGCGCUGCCCCAAGGCCGUGGAGCCGCUGUGGGUGGAAGGGGCGGGCCACAACGACAUCGAACUAUACAGCCAGUACCUGGAGCGUCUGCGCCGCUUCAUCAGCCAGGAGCUGACCGCUCAGCACGCCUGAGACCCCCC